UCAUGCAAAAUGGCUCUCGGAAUGGAAAAUGGUGAUAUUAUUGAUGAACAAAUCACGGCAUCAAGCGAAUUUGAUACAAAUCAUCAGGCAGCUAAUGGAAGAUUAAAUUUCACACCGCGAAAUGGAAGAACUGGUGCAUGGUCAUCCAAGUACAAUAAUCUUGCCCAAUGGCUUCAAGUUGAUUUUCAAAGAUUUACUUUGGUAACAGGAAUCAGUACCCAAGGACGCAAUCGUCAUAGUCAGUUUAUUAAAGGCUACAUCAUUUCUUCCAGUGAACAUGGGAAAAAAUUUCAGAAAUAUUUACAAAAUGGAACAGUAAAGGAAUUCCAAGGAAACAGCGACAGGGAUUCCGUUGUCAAUCACGUGCUUUUUCCUCAUAUUUCUGCGCGGUUCAUUCGCAUCCAUCCAACGGCUUGGCACAAACACAUCUCAAUGAGAGUCGAAUUUUAUGGUUGUUAUGAAAAAUAA